AGAUCCUCAGACCAAAGGGUAGCUCAUGCAAUUUUCCACUUUACUAACCCCUCAGCAGCCAACACCACCUUACACGAUGGUAUAUACAUAGGCCAAGAAAAACUACACCCACACAAGGACAAAUGGGAGCCAGUCCAAUGUGUCAAAUGCCAGCUAUGGGGCCAUGUAGCCAAAGAAUGCAAAGCCCCAAAGGACAUCUGUGGUACCUGUGGAAAGAACCACCAGACUGACACCUGCAAUGCAUAUCACACAUUCUAUUGCAUCAGCUGCAACUUACAUGACCAUGCAAGCUGGAACAGAAACUGCCCAGAGUUCGAGAAUUGCUGCACAGGAAUUGACACCAAGCUCCCAGAAAACUCCAUGCCCUACUUCUCGACUAACGAAGAUUGGACUCAGGUUAUGUUAGCCCUGAAACCAGCCGAACAGCCCCUCACCAAUCAAUGA